AUGGACAAUUAUAUGAUAACGUCCCUGAGAAAUCCAACACCACUCUUGGGAGAUCCAUGCAUUGACAGGAAUCUUCGUACAAUGAUCUAUACUUUUGGAUAUCGUGGGAAGCCAAACGGCCCAGCGACUACCGCUGUCUUACAAACAUAUCUGUCAACCGGCAAGAAGAAUGUCAUCCUAUUGGAUUGGCAAGAAGAAGCUAGGAGUGGUCUUCUAGGAAUUCCACUGGGAUACGCAUUAUCUGCUGUCCCAAACGCGAAAAGGAUUGGCCAAGAGCUCGGUGCAGCUCUAAUAACUUUAUCUCAGGCUGGUCUUAAUAUGAGUGAGAUUCAUCUCACGGGACAUUCUCUAGGAGCUCACGUUAUGGCGUAUGCGGGAAGAUGGGCACGAGAAAGAGGACAAGUUAUAUCAAGAAUAACAGGUUUAGAUCCAGCAAGAGCGUUGUUCGAGGGAACAUUCGCUAUAAAAUCGGGUUUGGAUCGUACGUGUGCCAAGUUUGUGGACAUUAUCCAUACUAAUCCUGGCAACUAUGGUACUAGCAAGUCAAGUGGAACCGUAGACUUGUGGCCGAACUAUUCUCCCGAUGACGGCAUGCAACCUGGAUGUCCGCGUGGAAGCUACAGCAUGUUUACACCCGAGGAUCUUUGUAGCCACGAUAGAUCGUGGCGCUACCUAGUCGAGUCUGUUCAUAAUGGAACUUCUUUUAUGGCGGCCUCUGCCGACAGUUUCAAUACAUGGCUAGGAAUGGAUAGUCCACCGGCAACCAUUUAUAUGGGAGACUUAGCGAAUACACGGGCUCGUGGCAACUUUUUCUUCACGACGAACUCUCAACCACCAUAUGGUAAAGGUAUGAUGGGUGUUCUACCUUCAGGACAACGCGCAAGAAGAAAUUCUGCUUCAAUCAUUUCAUUAAAUUGA